GCCAAGCAGUGAGCGCGCUUCGAAUGCAUUUAAAGAGCUAGAGAAUAAAAGUAGCGUCUUAAAGUGGUCACAAAGAGGAACGCUCGAUUUGAUUUUCUAAACUUGACUGAAUUUUCUUCGAUCACGUGAUAGUCCUAUUGGGAAGACAUGGGCUAUCAUCUUCACCGCGUUCUUUCAGGUAUCGGCUGCAUUCAUUAUAUUUUUCAUGCCUUUUUGAGCGUCGGUGCGUCUUUGCGGUAGUGUUGUUAGCAGCGGUCCGAGUGUUACGAUGUCAGUGGAACAAAGAUCGCUAUAGAAUUAGCGCGAGGCAUCUACAUACAGUUGAAAUUUUAUGACUACAACUUGCGAUGUUCGUAUGCUGUGAACUAUUCGAAUGAGCAGCAAUGGCGAAGCUGCAGAAACAUGGAUCCUACAUGACAAUGACCCAACUGUCCGUAUUACUUGUAUUUUUUUUUUCUAUAUUCCUGUUAGAAGGAGUAAAAUGUACUUUAAGUGGGUAAUCAUUCAUCUACGGGUUAAAAUUCGCUAUUCUUUUACUUUUAUUAGGCUAUGAACGAAGUAAACGGGAUACGAGAUUAUGUACAAACGAUUGUCUCUCUACAUGUUAUGUGAUUACAUCGAUUUGGUAGUGGCCUAUUCAUUUAUACUGCGCGUCAUCUCCAAAACGAGAUCCUCGAAGUGAGUUUAUUGUCAAUUUAUCCCCUUUUGCCGUAGAAAUGGCUUCAUUAUUUGACAGUCUCUUCAUUUAUCUGCGUCACCGCGUCAACUGUUAUUAACUGCCCACUAAUCAGCCCCGACCAAAGCUAGACCUACAAUGAAAGGGUCGUGAGUGACUGCCAUAAAGAAUGCGCCAUUCGUUUAGCGUAGAACUCCCUCUGCCAAUGUGGCAACCUGUGCGUCACCACAACGGCUGUUAACAUGUAGCAGCGCUUCUAGUGUAAGCAUAAAUGUUGCUAUCAUCUUACAGAAAGUGAGUAAAAAAAGUAAAGCUGGUCCUGCUGUAGGAAGCCAGCUAGACAAAGCGGACAAGACGAGAAGAAACGGCGAGGGCUAUCGCUGCUGGCGGCGAGGCGGUGCAUGAAAGGGCAGCCUCGGGGGUUCCAACUCAUCCACAUACCCGCUCCAUUUGACAGUAGGAAGCAGCUACUGAGUUGCAGUGCCGCCUGCCAAUUUCACCCUCGCCCAUCGGAAGUGUUCUCCGCGCGCAAACCUUCAGUUGAUCAGUGCAUAGUGCAGUUCAAAAAGCCACGCGCUGGGUGGAGUACUUACCAGUGAUGCUAUCGCCGAAUGCUAGAUCAGCCGGUAGAACAGCGGCUGUGUGGAUGGCUGAAUAUUGACAACGCAAUGAUCGGGCCCGAUUUAUUUGGUACUCCUUUAUUUGGUCUUAGCAGGCAAUCAAUUGGGAGUUGUGAGAGUUCGUGUAGCAUGAUGUGACACUGUUUAUGUGGACUUUUCCAUAAGCUUCUUCCUUAUAUUUUUGUUCGGAUUGAAAAGAAACAAAUCGACAAGAGCCGGUGGAUAAGUGAUAAUGAUUAUAUCUAGAUACGCCGAAAAGUCAAAAUUAUUCGUAGCGCUAAUUAUUACUUGAAGAGUACUAAGCGGCGCCCGUUAGUUUAAUAACGUAUGCCUACAGCUUUGUGACCAAUGUAUGAGUGAAUUCAGGACGGAACGUACUUAAUUGCCAUAUAAGGACCAGGUUCUACUGAGCACUCCGAAUUGUUCUCUAAAAGGUUCAUGUACUCAUUCAAGACCUUACUUAGAAUGUUUGCAAGUUUGCCCUCUCAACGUUAGAAAGAACCUGUGAAUUACGUAUGUAUACUAGACUAGUUAUCCGAGCUUCCAUCUUCACUGCGAUUCACAGUACCUCCAAGUGCAGUUCAACCAUUCCUACCAUUAGCAUUAAGCUGGAGACUCGAUCAGCAACGAGUAUCCAGGAGUAAUAGACGAGAUAGUGGAAAUAAUGUGAUGUCGCUUUGAUACUAACAACCUCCUAAGCGGCUCCUUCCCUCCCUAAUGCCCGUACUCCUCCGUAUGCCCGAGCUCCGUUUAACACAUGGCUACUCGAGUGACAAACUGUCCGGCUAGAGCGUUGUUGGUGCUCCUGCUGGGCGUUAUGGUGGCUGUUCUAUCAAAGGGGGUGUUCUGCCUUCCAACUUCUCGUCCUCAGGGACUGCCGCUCGGUGACCUAGUACGCAGGCAACCCGGAUCAUCACUGGACACCGGUGAAACUAUACAUGGUACAGUAACCUUAGAACAACAGCAGCGGCGAAUGGAGCAAAAACAGGACAUAGUCAACUAUCUGCGACGUUUCGGCUAUAUAAAUAACGAUUUUUCGGCGCGGUCCUUCGUGUCCAAUAUCUACUCAGCAGAAGAUUCAUUGUCGCGCGCCAUCCGUCGCUUUCAAAGGUUCGCGAAUCUACCAGUCACCGGGAAAGCGGACGCGGCCACAAUAGCUCGGAUGGCGCGACCUAGAUGCGGUAUGAGUGAUAUUGAUUGGGGUCGUGAAAGCGUCAAACGGAGAAAGCGAUAUAUUGUACACGGUGAUCCUUGGUCAAAAAUGAACCUCACCUAUAGUAUAACCGAUUGGCCAUCAAAUUUGGAUGUCAACUUCGUGCGACAAAAAAUCGGAAAGGCAAUUAAUGUAUGGUCAAGGCAUUCACGACUCGUAUUCACGGAGACUCGGGACGUAAAAGCUGAUAUUCUCGUCAAGUUCUUGAAGGGGCGCCAUGGCGAUGCGUACCCAUUCGACGGCCCGGGAAUGGUUCUGGCACACGCCUAUUUUCCUGGCAACGAUAUUGGAGGUGACGUACACUUCGACGCCGACGAGAAUUGGGGAGGCAAUAUGGCGACUCUGGGGGUGGAACUAUUUGUUGCCGGUGCCCAUGAGUUCGGCCAUUCGAUGGGUUUGGCUCACGUAUCUGAGCCUUCAUCGCUUAUGUACCCUUGGUACCAGGAUAGUCCACACUUCACGGAGAAUUCGUUUGUGCUACCUCAAGAUGAUAUCCAAGGCAUACAGCAUCUAUACGGUCGUCCGGAGCGGGCUGUCGAUUCUUCAGCACGUUAUUAUGUGACAACCCGACGUCCGCUGAUGGCAACGACGACGCGACGUGGAGAAGUUUUCAUCAGUCCAAGGGAGCAGCCACCGGAACCGUGCGCUGUGGAUAGCAUUGACGCGAUUUCAAUCAUUCGAGGAGAAACGUUUAUUUUUAAAGGUAAAUACUUCUUUCGUCUAAACAACGACCUUCAGAUAAUGAGCUCGCACGCAUUUGAGGUGAGUCGGCUGUUCCGUGGCUUUCCUACGGAAACUUCGGAGGGACGGGACGUAACUGUUGACGCUGUCUACGAAAAUCGUCGCGGAGAAAUUCAUUUCUUUAUCGGACGGGAGUUAUAUGUCUUCCAAGGGCAAACAUUGAAGCCCGGUUACCCUCUUCCGAUCUCUUCGCUUGGACUCCCUUUGAACAUCAGUAAGAUCGAUGCUGCGUUUAUAUGGGGCUACAACCAGAAGAUCUACUUCUUUCACGAAAACUUGUAUUGGCGAUUCGAUGAAUACGAUGGAAGGGUCGAGCCCGACUAUCCGCGUCAUAUACGAAGCUGGGGUGGUGUUCCUCCAAAUCUUGAUGCUGCCUUUACGUGGACCGAUCAGUCCACGUACUUCUUCAAAGGACGUCGCUUUUGGCGGUUCCACGACAAAAGGAUGUCAAUCUUCAAUGACUCCGGAUCGAUCGUACAAUUUUGGUUCGGCUGCUACGGGCACGCGUAUAGUAGAGCCAGCGUAGCUGCAUAUUUGACAGUAUUGCUUGCCGCGCUGUUACCCACCGUAUUGAAUGGUGUCCUGUUCUACGAGUCGUCGACAUCUCGGUGACUCGAAGUUUGCCUAUAGACAAUCGUAAAUUCUCAAGAUAGUGAUUUCGGCUUGGAGCUUAUUCUCAAUAUCGAAUUCGUUUUGAGUGCGUAUCAUUGACUAAACGUGUUCCAACGCGCAGCCCUAAAGAAUGAUUGCGAGAGCGUAGAUUUUCACAUGUAGAACCAGAACGUCGUGAGCUCAUGCGCGUGGGGUGUGUUUAUACCUGUAAAUCAUAUAUAUAUAUAUAUAUAUAUAUGGAAAAACGUACAAAGUGAGAAGUAUGCUUAUCUGCUGUUUUGACCUUUCCAGUGCUUCGUAAUUAUCUACUGUACUUAGCAAGGCAACGAUGCGAGGCUAUAUAGAAAUUUAUCAUGCAAAAAAGCUACGCGACAAACAGGUAGAUAGCUGGAUCUGAAGACACACGGCGUUUACAUGACUCCAUAGUGGGCUGACGGUAAAAUAUGACUAGAUCUUUGACGGGCUUUACAACGUGUUUUACAACUUGCUCUAUAGGACACAUAUUGUAAUUCUACAUUGGUUGAAAUGUGUAUUUCUCACAUGACGUUUUGGCCAAACGACCCGUUGUUCCUAAUAUAAUUGCAUUGAAUUAUAUGAUUUCUAAAGUCACGCAUUACCUAAGCGUUGUAAAAAAUACUUCCGAUACGAUCCGAACUCUAACGAGUAUUUUUGUGGACAAAAACCUUUUUACUACGUGGUUCCUUCUACUGUAAGCAUGAGGUCUUAUCUUAUAACAUAGUUAGAUUGUGAUGUAUAUGAGAAAUAAUUUAAUAACGAUAAGUAAUUUUGUUCAGCUCGUAAACUGCCUACCAAAUAGAUAAUUGCAUCUAUAUAAUGAAUAAUAACUUAGGCUAUAUACAGUUUUAACACAGGUGCUACAGUUACCCUUGCUGAAUUUCAUUGUGGGGUGCACUAUUCUGUGUGAAAACGCACACGGAGACAUUCGAAAUACUUCUCCGACUUCGCGGAUGUCCAGUGUACUAUCGUACAUGUUUGUACUGUAGACUACAGAUAUGAAACUGGCCAAUUUUUUUCUAAGGGCUGAAGUCUCUGCGCGCCGCUGUCGCCGAUUUAAAAUUGACUAAUGACAUAUGGCAAUUGUGCAAACAGAUUUCCAUCAAGAUCUCUAACAGUGCGCACCUACCAGCACAUAAACGUAGAUUUCUAAAAUGCGAAAGCAUUUGUCCGAGACGCUGUCAAAGCGACCAGUAAUAAGAUAUAUUGACGAAACACAAGGCUUAACAAAAAAAAGAAAAAAAAAAAAGAGUAAAUCUGAGAUUUUCAGCGAGGAGAAACCUAACACGCUGCUUCAAACGGCUAUUCCUCUAUCCAAAUAAAUUCAAGUGUAAAUUCAAAAUAACCGCUGUAGGUUUCCGCUCUCGACUGAUCACCGUGCCAGUGGCUUUAGGCUAAGUUAACAUACGUAUAAAUGUUUACUAAGAUAGGAGGUAUAAGCGUGAAAUGACGUAGAUGAAGUACGCCGUGUUCGAUAGCCAAGAAAUAAAUAACUCACUGUCAGCUUAUCUACACGUCACCGUACGAGUACGCUGUUGCCGCCAUGUCUGCCUGUGAAACUAAAAUGAUCAUAUCAUUUCAUAAUGAUUGUAUCACAUUAAAGUGCUUGAAGCCUGUAACUUUCUAACAUGAGUGGAAAGUAUUUACUUACACAGAUGGACAUGGUCAGAUAUUGUGUCGGGCACAAUGUGUACUUGACUGCCUAAGAAAUAGGACUAGAUAACAUGUGAUGCUAGGACCGCGUCUCCUGACACAACGACAAACAUCAACUGUUGAAAUCUCGUAGUGUAAUGGGUUCAUUUUAAACGCGUCGAAGAUGUCCGUUCUGUUGAUGACGUGGUGAUAUAAUCCAUAAUUUUAAAGGACGUGAGAGAUUAUAUUGGAAUCUAUACAGAAGUAAAUAAAUCAUGUUCCAUUGCAAGCAGCGGUAAAAUUACAAGAGCAAAAAAAUAAUAUACUAUGUUAAUAAGAUACGCUGAUCCUCGGUAGUGACUAUGAUAAACAAUGAAGAAUCAAUAAAACGAAAAUGAACGGGAACUAGACACAUUUUUGUAUUUAAGGCUAUAAAUC